AGAGAAUGGAGAAAGAGUGCGAUAGUACAAGCGUGAUACUAUAAGAGUCAUACAACAAGAGUGGAUACUAUAGGAGUCACACCAUAAGAAGGAUACUUUAAGAGUCAUACCAUAAGAGUGAUACUAUAAGAGUCUUGCCAUAAGAUUCAUACUAUAAGGAUCAUACUAUGAGAGUGAUGUUAUAAGAAUGAUACUAUAAGCGUGAUACCAUAAGACAAGCGAUGUUCAAAUUGUCGUGCCAUAAGGAAUAAGCUAUAGUGAAACAGAGAGACACAUAUAAUGACAAUCCUCUUAAAAGGUGAGUUUGUUUGACCGAUUAAACAGAGUGCAUCAAAUAAAAUGAGCAAGGUUUCGUAACAAGUAGUUUAACCAUGUUUUUUAUUUUUUUAUUUUUUUUUUUUUUACUUCUUUGGGUUUUUUUUAAAAGGGAAAUGUAAAUAUUGAUUAAUUUGUAGGUUUGGAAUUUUGAAUUUAAUGUACUAAUCACCAAGGUCUAACUUGGCAACGCAUAUUUUUGUUUUUUGUUGUUUUUUUUCGUUUCUUUGUUUGUUAUGGAUUUUAUUGGAAAUAAAAUUUACUAUAUUUAUCUUUACAAUAUUAUUAUUUUUAUUAUUUUUUAGUUAGGUAUUUUCGCAUACAAGCAGAAAACUAAAUAAGAAUUAGCGCCCCCCAUCUAGUUCAGAUAGAUAUCACCAACAAGUUCAGAUAGAUAUCACCAACUAGUUCAGAGAUAGAUAUCACUAACUAGUUCAGAUCGAUAUCACCAACUAGUUCAGAUAGAUAUCACCAACUAGUUCAGAGAUAGAUAUCACCAACUAGUUUAGAUCGAUAUCACCAACUAAUUCAGAUAGAUAUCACCAACUAGUUCAGAGAUAAAUAUCACCAACUAGUUCAGAUCGAUAUCACCAACUAGUUCAGAUAGAUAUCACCAACUAGUUCAGAUCGAUAUCACCAACUAAUUCAGAUAGAUAUCACCAACUAGUUCAGAUUAGAUAUCACCAACUAGUUCAGAGAUAGAUAUCACCAACUAGUUCAGAUAGAUAUCACCAUCUAGUUCAGAUAGAUAUCACCAACUAGUUCAGAUCGAUAUCACAAACUAGUCCAGAGAUAGAUAUCACCAACUAGUUCAGAGAUAGAUAUCACCAACUAGUUCAGAUAGUUAUCACCAACUAGUUCAGAUCGAUAUCACCAACUAAUUCAGAUAGAUAUCACCAACUAGUUCAGAGAUAAAUAUCACCAACUAGUUCAGAUAGAUAUCACCAACUAGUUCAGAUAGAUAUCACCAACUAGUUCAGAUCGAUAUCACCAACUAGUUCAGAUAGAUAUCACCAACUAAUUCAGAUAGAUAUCACCAACUAGUUCAGAGAUAGAUAUCACCAACUAGUUCAGAUUAGAUAUCACCAAUUAGUUCAGAGAUCGAUAUCACCAACUAGUUCAGAGAUAGAUAUCACCAACUAGUUCAGAUAGAUAUCACCAACUAGUUCAGAUAGAUAUCACCAACUAGUUCAGAUCGAUAUCACCAACUAGUUCAGAUAGAUAUCACCAACUAAUUCAGAUAUAUUUCACCAACUAGUUCAGAGAUAGAUAUCACCAACUAGUUCAGAUUAGAUAUCACCAAUUAGUUCAGAGAUCGAUAUCACCAACUAGUUCAGAGAUAGAUGUCACCAACUAGUUCAGAGAUAGAUGUCAUCAACUAUUUCAGAAAAACAAAAGAAACUAUUACGCACCAAACGCAUUUGCAAUAUAUUUAUUAAAAAAUAAUAACAAUAAUUUAGCGUAGUAAUCGGCAAAUUCAUUUAGUGAAGCAAGUUGCAUCCCAUUUCCUUCAUCUUUCAUUUGAAAAAACAGGAAAAACAGAUUUUUGUGUCGUGGGGUUGGGGCGUGGGGUUGGGGCAUGGGGUUGGGGCGUGGGGUUGGGGCGUGGUGUUGGGGCGUGGGGUUGGGGCGUGGGGUUGGGGUUUGGGGUUGGGGCGUGGUGUUGGGGUUGGGGCGUGGGGUUGGGGCGUGGUGUUGGCGCGUGCGGCUUAAACAUUUGAAAUAAUUUGAUGUUAUCGGAUCACGAUUCUAUGUGCCAGGUUGGUUGGUUGACGGAAAGUGGGUCAAAUAGCCAUCCGGUGACUUCGCCCGCCAUUCACGAUCAAGAGCGAAGUUAGUAUGUAAAGGUUUGUAAUAAAAAUGUUGUUAUUUUCGCACAGAUGUCAGCGUUUCGAGGAGAUACCCUCUUGUGUCUUUACACAGUCUGCCUUAGAGAUUGACGAAAGUCAGAAAUGAAACAAGCCUUGAGAACAAAGGGUUUUUGUGUGAAUCCUUUAGAAAAUCGAAUAUUGUGCAAUGGCGGAUGCGGCUUAAAAAAUGAGAAAACGUACAGACAAGUAACGCAUAUGUUAGGAAUCCUAAUUUGUGAUUUCCAGCCCCCCCCCCCUCCAAAGGUCGCAACCCCACACUUCUUUCACGCCCAUAUUAACCAAUAUUAAUAUUCUAAUGAGCCACCCACUUUUACACUGAAUUUUUUUUUAACAUAUAUGUUUUGUUUUUUUUUAAAUAAAAAAAUAUUACACACGAGAAGCACUUGUGAUAUAUAUUUAUUUUUUUAUUUUUUUUUUUAAACAAUCGCAUUGAACGCAGUUUUUCGUGAAAUGAGUGUCAUCAUAUUUCGUCCAGCUUCCCCGUGAUGAACAGAAAAAAAACGAAUUUAUUGGUCUGGGUUGUGGUCCGUGGCUGAAGCCUUGUCUCUUUACACCAGUGGUUCUCAAUCUUUCUAAUUCCGCGACACUUAAUAAUAAUUAUAAAGUUCAUUUCAAAAACACGCUUCAUCCCCAAAGGCUCGAAGCGCGGUACAAAGUCAACAAAAUACAAAUCUAUAAUUUACUACAUUUAAAACAAACACAACACUACAAAAACUAAUUACAAGCAUACAUUGGCAAAGACUUUCUACCCAUUUCAACCCCAAGCAACACAGCCAUCAUGCAUUAACUGAAAAAUAAGGUUGACAAUCAUCCCAGAAGGUGUUGUGGUGACACCAUAACCACGAAGUUAUUAUCGUUGAUUCUUUAUAACUGUAGAUUAUAUGUGUUUUCCGAUGGUCUUAGGCGACCCUUGUGAAAGGGUCGUGCGACCCCCCAAAACGGGGUGCGAUCCACAGGUUGAGAACCGCUGCUUUACACAGUCUUCCCUCUAAGACAGACACAAGGAAAAAAGUUGAGGAACAAAAAAUAACACUAUGUUUUCGGUAUAAACUCUUGUGUUGCAUAGUCUCAUGUGCUCUGCCAUUUAUCUUCUUUAACUAUAUUUGUAGGACCAUAUAAAUGUUGAUUAUCGACUGAAUGACAGUACAUUUGAAAAUAGCGGUGGCACAUUCGGAUAGCGGUUCGUUUCUCCCUUGGGAUUAAAUAUGUAUUUGUUUGUUUUUUAAAUAUUUGAUACAUAUUAUAAUUCAGAAAUUUAAUUAAUACGAUAUAUUCAUACUCAUUAAUGUAUGAAGCUUAUAAAUACGUUUAUUAAAUAACUAUAAAGGGGAGCAGGCGAUUGUGCUAGAUCCUAAAGGAUUCGUGAUCUGAUUCUCACCGGAGUAAAAAAGAGAUUGAUGUUUUUUCUUCUUCUUUGUUAUUGUGUGUUUUUUGUGUGUGUUUGGGGGGAGGGGGGAGGGUGGGGGUGGGGGUUAAAGCUUCUUCGUCUGCUAUCCCUGACACAUCUCACAUAAAAAAUAAUCAAAGGUAGGCAAGACGUGUUGCCUAGUGGUACACAUUUAGUAAGAGCACCAUCCAGAAAAAGUCUCAGUGGUCGAAAUGUGGUCAACGCGGCAUUUGGACCAAAACCCCCCCCACCCCCAAAAACAAAUCAUUUGUUCUCCAAUAUUGUCAGUAUUUAUCAACGCCCCACCCCCACCCCCGCUUCGGCUGUAAUCACUCAAAACUCAUUUUUGUCACCGAUUUCUGAAGAACGCAUCACGCCGAAGGGUCUAUUUCAUUGUCCUGUCUUUUCCUUCAUUAAAUCUCAACAUAAUCUUGUUCUACUAUUUACUUGCCGCGGCUUGUACGCAGUACUUUGUAUAGCUUAUUUUUUCACUAAGUCUAUUAUCAAAGGGUGUGAAUUGAUUAUUUAUUUUUACCAUUUUUUUCCUGUUAUUUUUCUUAAUGGGACUUUUUUCCCCUCAGUGACUUUUUUUCUGAUACUCUUUUUCCUAGAAUAACUUGGUCUUUUUUCUUUAACCUCUUUUCCUGUGAAUUUUUACGUGUGACUUUUUCCCGUGACCUUUUGUUUUCCGCUAACUAGAAAGAUGGCAUAUUUUACAGGUGUCAUGCAGACCACCUUUUUAAGUCAUAUUUCCCCCAUGCUGUGAACUCUAGCAGACGCUGUGUUAGUAUUGGGCGUGACUUGUUCCCUUUGAACUUGUUUACCACAUACCAAUCUAUCUUAUGUUUUCUUGACUCGAAUAUGGUAGGAAUUGUAAAAUGUUCGAGUCGCUAAUAUAAUGCGUGAUACGCCUGGAAUUUUCUGUAGAACAGAAUAAAAAGCAGAGAGCAUUUUUUUUCGACGAUAAGAUUUUUUCUUUACGGGACGACAGGCUAACAUUUAUUUUUAGAGUGUGCUUACUUUUAUAUGUGAAUUCCUUUCAUCGUUGUACCUUUGUUUGGAACUUUGUAAUUUUCAUGAACUUUUGUACCGGUACAAGAAACACAAUAGUCUGUAAGUUUCUGUAAUGAUUUAAAGUAUGUUUCUUUUAUUUUGUAAUUUGUUAGUAACUUAAUAAAGCUUAUUAAUUGCAGUCAGCACUGUUUUGAGUGCCGUAUUCUUUGUUAUUGUUUUUGCCUUUGGUAUCGUCUUUUCGUGCACUGCUUUGGAACGAGCCAUACAUGUAAAUAGGAGAUUAAUUUUUCCCUACGGAUAGCAGUGCGUAACAACAGGCCGAUACAGUUAUAUAUAUCAGAAAAAAUGUGUAUCUGCAUCUCGUUGAAUUCCAGUUCGUUGUAUUGUAUAGAUCGUAACCAAUUUUUGUUUCAUUGUACAGCCCGGAGCCCAUGUUCGUUGUAUCGUACAGCCCGUAGCCCAUGUUUGUUGUAUUGUGCAGCCCGUAGCCCAUGUUUGUUGUAUUGUACAUACCGUAGCCCAUGUUUGUUGUAUUGUGCAGCCCGUAGCCCAUGUUUGUUGUAUUGUACAUACCGUAGCCCAUGUUUGUUGUAUCGUACAGACGGUAGCCCAUGUUUGUUGUAUCGUACAGACCGUAGCCCAUGUUUGUUGUAUUGUACAGACCGUAGCCCAUGUUUGUUGUAUCGUACAGACGGUAGCCCAUGUUUGUUGUAUUGUACAGACCGUAGCCCAUGUUUUUUGUAUUGUACAGACCGUAGCCCAUGUUUGUUGUAUUGUACAGACCGUAGCCCAUGUUUGUUGUAUUGUACAGACCGUAGCCCACGUUCGUUGCAUAGUGCAAUCUCUCGUCAAUGCGCCUUUGUGUGUCAUUGACGUGGGGAUCAUUGGUCACGUUUGUCCAAAAUUAAAUGAACACUUUUUUGUCUUUUUUUUAAAGCUGGAGAUUGAACGACAUGCCAACGCACAGGGUGGAUGAAAAGUGGUCAAGAUUAUUAAUUUUUUUUUUAUUUCAAUGAAGAACUUUGAAGUUAUAAGGCAUACAAUGAAGCAAAGGUAAGAUAGGAAUAUUGAGUUUUGAAUAUCAUUGGUGAAUUCAGACAAUUCGCUUAAGACGCUAUUUUAAACACCCCGUGUCUUUCCAAUGACCAGACAUUAAGGGGAGGGCACUUAUCAGUACGCUAAACACAGAAGUGUUCAAGUGUACCGGAUUGUCUGAGAUACGCAAACGCAAAAAAUAUCACUUUGUGAGCUAAUUUUUAAAUUUUGUUUAUAUUUUUUAUUUUUUUUUAAUUUUUUUUUUUCUUACAAAGAAUUUGAAGGCAGCGUGUGUCUGCUUCCAAGCGGUUCGCAGUGGUUAGCGUGAACCAGGUAUUAAAAAAAAUACUUUAAAAAACAAGCUUAAACAACGGUUCUUGAGAUAAUUUUUUUUUUAAAUUGAAACAUGUUACUAAAGAUAACUUGCUAUUUAUAGAAUUGGUUCCUGAAAAUUUGAAAACUACCACUGCUUACAGCCAAUUAUUUUUUUGUAUGUUUAAUUUUUUUUUUUUUUUUUUUUGUUUAUAUCUAUUUUUUUUUUUUUAUUUUUAAUUUUUUUUUUUUUUUUUUUAAAAUUAAUAUUUUAAAUAUUCAAAUAAAUGUUAUGUUUUUUUUUUCAGAAAAAGAUCAAUCAGAUGCAAAGUAUUUUUCGUUGUAAUGCUCUCCCUUGUCGGAUAUGCCUUCACCUUCUCACAUUUCUCGCUAAUUCACCCGAACGAUGACCAACAAAUUAACCACCACGAAGCCACCAUGGAAAGAGAUGGGAGGAGACUCGAGACUUUUUUCGAAGAACGCAGCAGACAAGAAACAGACAAGGUCCUAAUUUUACGCUCCCAGGGAGACACAAACCUUACAAACCUCAAGGUUUCGGAACUGGACGAGAUGAUCCGUAACGAAACGAAACCGGAAGAGGAUUUGUUACAACCAGCCGCUGGAAGGAUCCAACACAAACAGGAAAAUACCGAGGCAGUGUUCAGUGAGAAACUUAUUGCCACUCAACGGAGUCGGUCAGAGGACGUACAGAACGGCCCGGGUGGGCGCCUGUCUAGAAGUGUAGGAGAUGAUAAGAAAAUAGUUCGGGUGAAUCUCGAAAAACAAACAAACGGAGAUAUUGUGAAAACUGUGAGUUCACUUGAGGAACCGUCUAUGGUGACCAAAGACGAAAAUCUUGUUCCAAAGAGUCAAAAACGCAAUAAAACACAGAAAGGAAUGGAGGCUCAGAAAGACGCAAGUUCAGGUGCGCCCAGCGUUAACGAAAUUCUGAAAGCCGAAUUGGAAGCGAAGAUGGCGCGAAUCGAGCUGUUGUCCCAGCCGGUCAUCAACGACCACAGCUUCGAAUACAUCCGGAAUCCGGUCAACGCAUGCGCCUUCAGCCGAACGGAGGUGCUAUUCAUCGUUCCUUCGGCGCCGGAAAACUUUCAGAGGCGGGCGAAUACCAGGAAGGGCGCCCAGAGCAAAUACGCCCGUGAGCCGUCCAACAACUCAAAGAUGGUUUUCUUCAUCGGGAGGCCCGCCUGCGGAAACGACUCCGCCAAAAUCCAAGCACAAAUAGACGACGAGUUUCAAACUCACAGGGACAUAGUGCAAGAAAACUUUGAAGAUGUUUAUAAAAAUAUUCGCCUCAAAGCCGUCUCUAUGCUCAAAUGGACCACGACGUUCUGCAAGGAAGCCAGGUUCGUCAUCCGAACUGACGAUGACGUCACGGUGAACGUUCCGAAAAUAGUAUCCGUCAUGGAGGCGAAGAGCAGGCUCCACUCCGAGUUCAUCCUCGGGGACAGAAAAGACGGCUGGAAACCCGUGCGGAAAGUGCACGCUAGAUUCUUGAAGUACUUUGUCUCAGAGGAGGAGUACCCCGAUCCGACGUACCCUCCUUUCGCAGUGGGUGGUUUGCUGGGCUAUCCGCUGAGCACUGUGUCCUUGCUGUACCAGGCGGCUCUCAGGGUCAAGCCCCUUUGGCUGGACGAUGUGUUCAUCACGGGCAUCUGCGCUGUCCGACUGCGCAUUCCACUGUUAAAAGACCCUGACUUUGUGUUUAAACACCCGAAGCCUACAACAUAGUUUUUUUCUCCAGGACGUGUGCAAUCACUGCUUAUAUUUAUAACGGCUUUAAAGUAUUACUAAACAGUUGUUUUAUUUCCUAUUAAUAUCUUCGUAUAAAAAAAAAACAUCACCAGCACCCCGGGUGGAUGGGACUAGUCAACCUUGGUUGGCAACUUAUCUAAGAGAAGGAAACUCUGAAAUCAAACCCGGAGAUGGAGUCCCGAAAGGCGGAUAACAUUGGUACAAUGAAACAUUCCGACAACUCCUGCGACGUCACUGGUGCCAAGCUGUAUCAUCCAAAUGAUGUUCCCUUUGGGUUAUCCAGCGGCGUGGAGAGAGGCGAUUUGCUGUUGGGAAUCAGCUUAUAAUCCUUGAAGAAUAAUCCCAGGCCUUGUGGAUUUCGUCCUCCGAAGCCCACACUAUCGCCACAUUGUGACGGACGGAUGCCAACAAAUAUUGACAUUAUUUUGGUUUUAAUUUGA